CCUCACUGCUGCUUGUGUGUCUGUGUGUGCGUGUGUGUGUGUGUAUGCGUGUGUGUGAGGAAGAGAGAGAGUGCGCUAAAAAACCCAGGCAGUCAGUGGGAGAGCUAGAGAGCGAGGAGGGAGACACGAGGGAAAGGCAAAAGCAUCUGAGAAGGAGGAAAGAACGGGAGUGUGAGACAGCUAUGAAAUUCAUCCAAGCUAUUGGCUUACUGCUUCUCUGUCCAGCUUUUAGUGUCAACACCAGCAAGAAAAACCACGAUGGGCUGGAAAAGAGACUAAAGGAAGUUUUCAGUGAACGAAGUAACAUCCUGCAUCAGCUCUCCAAGACAUCAAAGGAACUGGACAGCAUAAAAGGCAACCUACAGUCACUGAAAAGUGAUGACUCAGUGGCCAAGAAGGAUGUGCAGAGGAUUCUGGAGCUCAGCCACAAACAGAGAGAGGAGAUGAAGUCCCUCCAGGCAGCCUUGCAGAAGCAGCUGGAUGAGGCAAAUGAAAGAGCUGAGAAGCAGCAGGCCACGAUUAAAUAUGUCAAAGCAGAGAUGGAGAAGAAAACCAAAAUCAUCAAGGAUUUACAACAAGAGAACAAGAGCUUGAAAACUAAGCUACUUUCAGGACACAAACGUUGUGAUGCCUACGCUGAAGAGUCCAAAAAAAUCCAGGCUCAACUGAAAGAACUUCGGUACGGGAAAAAGGAUUUAAUUUUUAAGGGGCAGCAGCUUCUGGACUUGGAGCACAAGCUGACCGUCGCCAAGGAAGAACUGGAGAAGACUGCACUGGAUAAGGAGUCUCAGAUGAAGGCACUGAAGGACACGGUUCACAUCUGCUUUUCAGCCGUCCUGCACAACCAGCCCAGCAGCAGUCACAGAUUUCCAGUAUCCCCCGCCCACUUGUUCAGAUACUCAUCACUCAUCAACAACUCCAGAGUCACCUUUCAACAGCCACAUGCCAAGGACAUCUCCAAAGUUCAGAGAAUUGCCACGGCCAGUAAAUCACCCAUGAACACUGAAGUAAUGAGGAGAGAGAGCGGUGGAGUUAAAGAGUGCCAGAUGGAAAAGACCCCUGCUGAAUGCUCCCAGAAUCAGACGGACGACUCGGCCCCAGAAAGCAAAACACUACCGGAGCUCCAGCAGCAAAGGAGUCAAGUGCAGACUGGAAAAUUCAACACAAAGCUCACAGACAACAGCGAGGAGGCAGAGGGAGGCAGCAGCAAAAAGACAAAGCCACAUGAAGACAAGUGAGAUGAUGGUGUAUCGUUGGAAAGCAGAGCCCCUGCAUCGCCUGAAGGAUCUUUCUAAAGAGCACACACUUGCACACUCUCACAAGAUUUGUGCGCCCACACACAUUAACACACACUCACUUUCAAAACACACACACACACACACACACACAGCUGCACAUAUGCACCGGCAUUGUGAGCAGAAACUGAGAUACUGGAACUGUCUACAAAUCUCAAACUGUCAUCUGAAAACAUCCAUAGUAAAAUGGCAUGCAUUUAAAAAUUCUUUUCAAAAGGUAGCAAUGGCACUGGUAACUUGUUUCAUGAUUGUUCAUUUGUUGUUUACUUAUCUAAGUUUUAUUCUGAGUGAGGACACUGCUUUCUAAAUGUUUGAUCUUUCUAUAAAAGUAAAACAAAAGCAAAAAAAAAACAAAAACUUUGCACUGGUGAGGUCUGACACUGUUUCCUGUGAUAAAUAUAUCAAUUGACAAAUAAAAAAGUACUCCUACUACUACAUUAUUAUUACUAUUACCCAACUUAGAAUAUUGUUUGUCACUCAUUGUAGCAAGGUUAAUUUACUCCUCCUUUUGAAAUAUAGAGGCUCAAGUUGGCUGGCCAACUGUUCAACAUUUAAUACUUCAGCACUCUUUCUGCCUUUAACACUCUGGAGGCAAAGAGCCAAAGACUCACAAUGGGUCGUCUCCCUGAGAAUGUGCCAUGCACUGAGUAGUAACUCCUAGCUACAUGUUUCUGUGUUAUCUGACCUUUCUGUGUCCUUUAAAUAAACUGUAAUUUUCAGUAAAUGUGUGAAAAAUAAAUGGUUAU